UAAACUAAAAGCUUUUAUCACCGUUGACUAUUGCAAGUGUAUAUUAUAAUAUAUAUAGUGAGUAGUAGUAUCUAUUUGGGUAUGGCUCUAUGUAACUUAGUGACCUUUCGUAUAUAUAAAUUUGCCUCUUAGUAACCUAUACCUCACAACUCUCUUUUCCCAUUCUCUUUAUGCCUUCUUCACCACAAGUUCUCAAGAAUUCUUUUCUGUUAUUUGAAUACUCAAAAGUAUGAGUAAUCCAACUAGAAUAAAAUCUAGGUUUAUGCUAAAUUUAGCCUAUGAUAGAGGAUAAAUCCACAACUACAUCCAAACAAUUAAAACCGAAAAGCUUUUAUUUUUUUUUGUUUCUUUUUUGUUUUCUCCUUUCAUUUGAACUCUUGAGUUCUUGAGAAAGUGAAUGGAUAUGGAAAUGGAUAAGGGGAAGAAGAACUCAAAUUCGUCGAUCCUAAGGAAAUUGGAGGGAUUUUUAUCGAUGAAGAAGGGAAGUCGAACGAUUGUGUUGUCGAAGAGCAAAUCAUGGCACAGUGGUAGCAAAGCAAAGAGCUCAGUAGUACUAGCACCCCAAGGCUGUUUUUGUGUGUAUGUUGGGCCAGAGAAAGAAAAGUUUAUAAUCAAGGCCAAAUAUGCAAACCAUCCAUUAUUCAAGAUGUUGCUUGAAGAUGCUGAAAUGGAAUAUGGUUACAGUAGCCAAGGGCCCAUUUUGCUUCCUUGUGAUGUUAAUCUCUUUCACAAAGUAUUGUGCCAGAUGGAUAGUGAGAAAGAGAUUAAUGGGCCUGGGUGUGGGCUUGCCUCAUGCAGCCCAUUUAGUCCAGCUAGGGUCUUGGGGCAUGGAGAAAUGGGCAAAGGCUAUGGCUCUUAUGGGAUUCUCACUACACCAAGAAUGCUCAAGCUCAACAGUUCUAAUUAAUUGUCUAUAAGAAGUAUGUGGUCUUUCUAAAAUAUGCAUGUAAUGUUCAUAGAUAGCACAAAAUUGUGGGUUACUUUUAGUUGCAGUGAAUAAUAUAUGGUCUGUUCUUAUGUAGUCUUUUUUCUAAUACUAGCUAAUAAGGUUAGUGCUUCGUCUAGACAAUUGAUGGCUACAAAGGUUUGAGAUGGAUGGAUAAGAUUGAGACACUUAUCAAAAGGUUUGAGAGUCUUUAGAAUUUAAAAAGAAAAAAAUCUUAAUAGG